AUGGAUAUCAAGGAGGAAAAGCAUUCCGACAUCACACUUCAGACUAGCAGUUUCAAAACGGCCUUGGAUGGAUUUGGAAAAUUGGUUGAAUAUACAGCAGCCCAGAAAAGAGAUGAAAGAGCAGGCUUGUUUAUCCAAAAGGAAGAUGCAAUUGAUUAUGACAAGUUUUAUGCGUCAGUACAGGAACUCUUUGGUCCAGAAGUGAAGAAUCAAGAUGUGAAAUGCUUUUAUAGGAAACUCUGCAACAACCCUGAUGCAUCUAUGGACUGGUGUGAGAUCUUUGGAUAUUUCUCCUCCGAAGAAGACGCUAUUGCUUCCCAGAUGGAUGAAGAAAAUUUGGUUUUCCUUGUGUCUAGAAAACAGCGGUUUGUAAUUUCAGGUAGCAGAAGGCGGGAUGUGACCAAGUGCAUCGUGAAGAUUCCGCAGCUGGAUUUACUAAUAGCAGCUUCUCAGAGAGGAUUAAUAACAGUCUUUAAUAGCCAGAUGAGAGUUCAGACCAGCAUCAAUAUUACAGAUACCUCCUGGAUUACGGGAUGUGAUUACCUCUCACAGCUGAAGCGAAUCGUUGCCACUACGGAAAGGACCAUUAUCGUCUGGGAUUAUAAAGCUCAGGGCAGCAGCAGCCAGAACUACUUUGUCAUCAAGCCCGUGGACCACUGCCUGCUGUGUGUGUGUGUGGUGCCUGUCCCCAACCAGCUCUGCCGGGACGACAUCCUCUUGGGUGAUGAUGGUGGUUUUGUGACCAGAUUCACAGUAAAUAGUGAUGACUUUGGACUAAAGCAGGCAAAAUCCAAAAAGAAGUUACAAAAUCAGGUCUUAGACUCGAAGAACUUUAAAAGUGUUAAAAGGAAGCUACAUAAUGACUGGGUAAUGAAAAUUAGGUAUAUUCCAGCCCUAAAUUGCUUUGGAUCCUGCUCCUUAGACAGUGCUCAUUCACUAGUUUUGGAAACCCUGAAGAGACUCGAAGAUAAUUCGCCUGUCAGAGAGUUUUCCAUGCCGAGGGGAGCAAACACUUUUUGCUACUGUACUAAAGCAAAUGUGAUUGUCACUGGAGGAGAUGAUAAAGUCCUCCGCUUGUGGCACCCCAAUAUCAGCACCAAGCCAGUGGGGAAACUUGUGGGACACAUGUUCAGUAUCACCGAGAUUGUAAGCAACGAGAAAGAUCAACAUGUCAUCAGUCUUUCCUCUGCAAAGGUUUUCAGGGUGUGGGAUAUUCAGACUCUCUCCCUGUUGCAAGUCUUCCAUGACAGCCAGGGUGGACCAGGAGACAUGCAGAUUUAUUGCAUGAUAUUUGAUGCCAAUCACGGCAUGCUUAUUACAGGAUCUAGCGUUAUCGACAUGUAUCCCCUGACUAGAAUGAUACAAGAUACAAAACAGGUUCCUCACACCCACGAACGAGAAAUCAACGUCAUGCUUUACAACAAAUAUUUUCGCCAAGUGCUCACUGUCUGCUCUGAAUCCAUAAUUAAGGUGUGGGAAUUCGAGACUGGCCUCCAAAUAUACCAGAUUUUAGACCCCCAUGGCUUCAGUGUUGAACUCACUUCUGCAGCUGUCGAUGAAAGUGGAUUUCUUUUUGCCACGGGAGCACACAAUGGAACAGUUAAAAUCUGGGACUUUGGAAGUGGACAGGAAAUGAAGAUGUUGCUGGAAGGAAAAGACUGGAAAGAGGAGGAGCACCGGAUACGACGACUGAUAUUCCUUAAAGCUCAGGAGAAACACCAGUACCUGGUUCUGGCCUUGGAGUGCACCGGGACUAUCAAAAUGAUUCAGGGGAAGGAAGAUGAUGUUUAUCUCACGGUGAUGUGGGAGCUGCCUGAUGCUGUGCCUCUCCUACAAGAUGGGAAUCAUGUGGUGAGCCUGAGGACAUCUGCUAAAGGCAGAAGCAUGGCUAUUCCUUUCCCAGAUGUUCAAUUAGUAGUUGAGGGAAAGUUUUCUCAACAUACUAAAAAUCCUGCCAUCAGUACUGAAGUGAACUGCAUUGAUUUAUUACAAGUAGAAGGAUAUAAUUUGAUAGCUGCUGGAACCUUAAAUGGUGUGAUCAUCUUAUGGAAUUUUGUAACGUCUACUGUCAAAGAAGUGUACAGACCUGAAGAUUGCUUCACUAUGGACCCUGACUUGGAUCCCAAGCGCUUUAGAAUUAAUGACAUACUGUUCCUCUUUCGUACCCCUGAAUGUGCAAGGAGAUCUAGUGAGGAUUCCAUAUGCUCUUCAUCCCAGUGUGAUUCUAGCAAGAGUCCACAGAGCAGCAAGGGAAGCAAGCAAAGCAUACAUGAGAGUGAGGUUAAAGGUGGGCAUACAGAUGUCACAGAGAGGGAGCAACAGCCAGUGGAAAAAAGACAUCCUGGAGGUGUCAAUUUACCAGAAGCUCAGCCACCUAUCCUUGUCACAGCUCAUGAGGACGGACACCUCCGCUUGUGGACCAUGGAGGGAAGACUACUGAAAGAUAUGCUACCUUUCACAAAACAUUCUGCCAUUUCUCUGACAUCGCUGUAUACUGAUUCCUGUACCAGGAUACUACUGGCUGCAAACUUGGAAGGGCACGUUAUUCUUUGCAAUAUUAGUUCCUUCCUGGAUCCACCUCAUGAUGAAAAGAAAUUCAAGCAGGUGCUUUCCUGGCGUGCUCAUUCUUUAGAAAUUAUUCAAGUAAUCUAUGUGGAAGACAAACAAGUCGUGCUUACUGCCUCCGUCGAUGGCUCGGUAAGGCUUUGGCAUGCCCUCAAUGGUCAUUAUUGUGGAUAUUUUGGACAGCGAAGGAACUUAGAAAUAUCACAGACAAGUGAUUUUAUUUUGCCUUGUGAUGUUAGUGAAUAUCCCAUAGAAAUAAAAGAAGAAAGCAAGUUCACCGAGAAGAAACAAAAAUAUCAAUAUCCUCUGAUAUUUGACAGGGAAAGAUGUAAAAACAUGAGCUCAAUGUCUUUACUUUUCAAGCGUACACCUCCCAAGGCCUUUCAAGUGGAACAUGACUUUAAGUUUUUCCAGUCUCUUUCUUCUCCCAAGAUUCGAAGUCAUGCCUUGGAAGGUUUCAUGACUGAAAACAGAGAGGCAGGGAUUGUUUUCGGUUCUCUGCCUAUAUACAGGGUAACAAGCCCCACGAGUCUAAGAUUCCUUCCGCUCAUCAGUGUCGAAGCACAAAGAGACUCUGUAGAUGGCAUCCCAGGAAGGAAGAAGGGAGGUCAUGUUCAACAUGACAAAGCACCACGGAAGAGAAGCCUGAAAAGAAAUUUAGUCCCACAAAUAAAUCUGGCUUCUUGCUUCUUCCCAGCCCUGCCCAAGUAA